AUGUUCCUCCGAGCGUGGACGGUGGUGCUCCGAUACUAUGUCGGAAGUGACAUGAUCUGUUUUGGGCAGAUCGACGACACAGCCAAGGCAUCCCCGCGAUUCACUCUCUGUCACGGAGACAUUGCGGUGAAUGCCUCCUUGAAGGAACUGGAACCUUCGUUUGAGAUCUCUGAACAUGCCCAGAUCAGCCAGUCAGCCGCAGACUGGAUGAACGCGAACACGUCCUUCAACACCCUUGUCUGGAAGUCUUCGCAGCCAGAAUCCUUCUCUGCCAUCAAUGACUUAGAUACCACAAAGUCCGCCAUUGUACUACUAGUAUCCAACUCCCCGCAGCCGCAAGCCACCCUCCUCUACGCGCCACACCUCAUUGGGGACCCCGUUGCAUCCGCCGUCGCAGAAGCGGUCGGGUAUGUCGCAAGCGUAUUCCUCGAUGCGCCAGAGACGACCAUCGGGGAGAUCGAUCUCUUUGGGCACAGCUCAUGGGAGCAGAUCCAGCAGUGGAACAGAACGGUUCCAGACAUGGUGGAAGAGUGCCUGCAUGAGCAGAUCGAUAAGACCGCAUUGACCUGUCCCGACAAGAUCGCCUUGGAGUGUUGGGACGGGUCCAUGACUUACGCGCAACUGGUGGACUAUACAAAUCGUGUAGGGAAUUUCCUUAUCGACCAGAACAUCCGGCCCUCGGUGUUUGUACCAUGCUGCUUCGACAAGUCGCUUUGGGCUGCCAUCUCCAUGCUGGGUGUGCUGAAAGCCGGCGGCGCAUUCGUUUGUAUCGACCCUGCCCAGCCGAUCGAUCGCCUGACCACGAUUAUCGAAGAGGUGGACGCAAAUUUCGUCUUGGCUGCGCCGGAGCAUUGCAAGAUGUUUGCUGGCACCGGGUGCACGCCACUGGCGAUCGACGCGGACUUCAUCUACAGCCUUCCUCCCUGCCAUGGCCUCCCUCGCCGCGCAACGCCCAAGGACCCCCUGCUCGCCAUCUUCACCUCCGGCAGCACGGGAAAGCCCAAGGGUAUCAUCCAUGAACAUCGCGCAGUUUGCUCUAGUGCUAAGGAGCAUGCUGUCCGCCUGAACAUUAAUAGCGACACUCGAACAUUCCAAUUUGCCUCUUUCACUUUCAUUAUUAACACCUUUGAACUGUUUACUCCACUUCUUAAAGGGGGCUGCGCCUGUAUCCCCUCCAAGGAAGACCGACUCGGGCGCACAGCUGGAGCCAUGCGCGACUUCAAGGCAAACUGGGUAUGCCUGACGCCCUCGUUUGUCCGUUCUGUAAAACCUGAAGACAUCCCCGAUGUGAAAACCCUCCUUCUCGCCGGUGAACCAGUCCAACAGGAUAACCUCGAGAUGUGGCGUAGCCAUGUCCGGCUAUUAAACAUGUACGGUGCAAGCGAGGCCUCGGUUUGCGUCACGGGUGAAUUGUCGGGGUCCGUUGACCGCUCCACAAUUGGCACGGGCACUGGCGUGGCGACGUGGAUUGUUGAUCCGACAGAUGAUGAUCGCCUCGCUCCUAUCGGUGCCAUCGGAGAGCUCGUCGUUGAGGGCCCUGUUUUGGCGCGCGAAUAUAUCAACCAACCCGAGAAGACCGCCGCCUCGUUCAUUUCCAACACCUCGUGGCUUCAGAGAAUUCGUGAUGGAGCCCCGACGCGUGCAUAUAAGACUGGCGAUUUAGCCCGCUACGGGUCCGACGGGCGCAUCAACCUGGUCGGACGUAAGGAUAUGCAAGUCAAACUGCGUGGUCAGCGAAUUGAACUCGAGGAAGUUGAGUUCCAUCUCCGCCAGACGCUUCCAAAGGGCAUUGAGCUGGUGGUUGGCCUUGUGAAGCCGGUCGACCAGCCGGACAGGCCAUUCCUGGCUGCGUUCGUUGCGUUGAAAAAGAGUCUCGAUGCUGGUUUCCACCAAGUCGACGAUACUUCUUCCCAGCUCCUGGAUGAAGCCACUCGUGGAUGGAAAGACCAGGCGGCAAAUUCCUUGCCAGGGUACAUGGUGCCAUCUACCUUGGUUAAGCUGAAGCACAUGCCUCUCACAGCUUCUGGAAAGACGAAUCGCAAAGCCGUUAGUGACUAUGCAUCGCAAUUGACCGUCGCCGCAUUGACGGGGGCGAAGAAGAAAGAGCAUAAGGAGCCUGCCACACCUACUGGAAUUGUCUUGCGCAAGUUGUGGGCGCAGGUGCUGGAUCUUCCCCCCGAGGCCAUCUCUGCCGACGACAGCUUUCUUGAGCUUGGUGGCAACUCCAUCGAUGCGAUGAAGUUGGUCAACAUUGCCCGGGAUGAAGCAAUGGGACUGAGUGUUGGCGAGAUUUUCGGCCAUCCCACUUUGGAUGACAUGGCCGCAGCUUCGUGGAAGCUAGAUGCGCAGGAGUUUGAAGACGUUCCCUUCUCGCUGCUCGAUGAGUCAAUCGAUACAAAUGACCUAAUCGAAAAGGUUGCGGCCCAAUGCAAAGUCAGCGCCUCUGCCAUCGAGGAUCUUUAUCCAUGCACUGCCUUACAAGACGGUCUAAUGGCUCUCUCGGACAGCCGUGAUGGCGCGUACAUUGCCCAGCACACUCUCGCUCUGGGCAAGGAUAUCGACGUGAACCGCUUCAAGCGCGCCUGUCAGCAGGUUGUUGAUGCGCAUCCAAUUCUGCGUACGCGGAUUGUGUUCUCGACAGAGUCGACAUCCCUCCAGGCGGUGGUCCGUGGGGACAUUGACUGGCAGGUUGGCGAGAAGCUCAAGGAUUUCCUGCAGAGCGACAAGGAGCGCCCAAUGCGCAGUGGAGACAGCCUUACUCGCUACGGUCUUGUCCACGAAGGCGUCGAAUGGACCUUUGUGUGGACCGUGCAUCACGCAGUCUACGAUGCCUGGACUUUGGAAUUAGUCUUUGACCGGCUUCACAAAGCGUACCACGGCGAACCUAUGGCCAAGGAUGUCACAUUCAAGGAAUUCAUGAGCUACGUGGUCAACACCAGUGCAAAUGCUUCGGAGGAGUACUGGAGAAACUACCUUGCCGGUGCAACUCAGAAUGAAUUCCCCUGCACGGUGUCCACAGCAAAGCAACCGGUGUCCGACGCAACCUUUGGUUAUGAAAUGAGCAUCAAAUCUGCCGAUCAGCAGUCGGGCAUCACUUUAGCGUCCAUGAUCAGGGCUGCUUGGGGUAUCCUCAUCGGCUCCCACUCUGAAGCAGAUGAUGUCGUCUUUGGCACCAUUGUUUCUGGCCGAAAUGCGCCGGUCUCCAACCUCGAUCGCCUGGUUGGUCCUGGUAUUGCAGCUGUUCCUGUGCGCGUGAAGAUUCCGGAUAAUAGCACCUUGACCGUCAGAGACUUUGUCAAGCGCGUUCAGUCUGAGGCCACCGAGUCUAUUGCGUAUGAACAAGCCGGCCUGCAGAAUAUCCGCCGGGUAAGCCCUGAGGCCAGUUCGGCGUGCGACUUCCAGACGCUCCUCGUUGUGCAGCCCGCCAAGGAACCGGUACUCACGUCCGAGACUCCAAACCUCCGAGCUGUCUCUGGAGCGAAUGCAAACUUCGGAACAUAUGCUCUGACCCUGGAAUGCUCACUGAAGUCCAACGGCGUGGCUUGCGCUGCCCAUUACGACUCUAGCCUAGUAGACGGAGACUACAUCCGUCGCAUCCUUGGUCAGCUGGAGCAUCUCUUGCAGCAGAUCUGCACCUCGACCGCGGAGACCAAAUUGAAUGAGCUUACUUUUAUCAGCGCUCAGGAUCAAGCGAAUAUCCGCCAAUGGAAUCAGGACAUCCCGAGCCAGGUCAAUGAGACAAUUCAUGGGCUUAUUGCCAACCGGUUUACCGAGCGGCCCAAGAGCCAGGCCGUCUGCGCCUGGGAUGGCUCUUUUACUUAUGCCGAAUUAGACCGCCAUUCAGCUCGGUUGGCUCGUCGGCUCGCGGAGCUGGGCGCCGGACCAGAGACAUUCAUCCCCUGUUGCUUUGAAAAGAGCCGCUGGUCCGUGGCUGCCAUGCUUGGUGUCCUUCGGUCGGGGUCUGCUUUCUUGAAUAUCGAUCCCUCUCAGCCAGAGAGUCGCAUUCAGUUAAUGAUCAGGAAACUCAAGGGACAGACCAUCGUUUGUUCGCCGGAGCAAUAUGAUCUCUGCACCAGGGUGGCGGAGGGUCGCAACAUUGUGAUUCUGAACGAAGACACUCCGGAGGAAUCUACCUCCGAAGUGACUCCGAUAGCCCAGGUCAGCCCGGACAAUGCUGCCUAUGUCAUCUUUACCUCCGGCAGCACCGGGGAGCCAAAGGGCACUAUCAUCCAGCAUGGAGCCUAUUGCUCUGGUUCCAUAACCCAUGCCCCAGCGAUGCUGAUGGAUGGUGACACCCGUGCCUUACAAUUCGCAUCCUUUACCUUUGACGCUAGUCUGGUAGAAAUUCUCACUGUCUUGGUUGUCGGUGGAUGCGUUUGUAUGCCAUCCGAGGAACAGCGCAAGAGGGAUGUGACGGAAGCGUUCCGUGCUACCAGGGCAAAUUGGGCCGUGCUGACCCCCUCCUUCGUGAAUCUCAUCAAACCAGAGGACGUUCCUUCGCUCAAGACGUUGGGCCUUGCAGGUGAGGCAAUGUCGCGCUCUCACAUUGAGACCUGGGGACACCGUGUCCGGCUGAUCAACGCCUACGGGCCGAGUGAGUGUUGCGUGUGCAGUACGUCCAACGUCGACGUCACGCUGGAAUCCGAUCCUCGGAACAUUGGGCGUGCGUGCUCCGGAGCUUCUUGGGUCGUCAUGCCGAAUAAUCAUCAUCGGUUGGUCCCCAUCGGAAGCGUGGGAGAACUUGUCAUGGAAGGAUGGAAUGUCGGACGUGGAUAUCUGAAUGAGCCUACCAAAACACAAGCGGCUUUCGUUGAAAACCCUCGGUGGUUGUUCCCCGACGACAACACUCGGCCGCCUGUUGUGUACAAGACCGGUGACUUGGUACGCUACAACCCUGACGGCACGUUGAGCUUCCUGCGCCGCAAGGAUACCCAGGUCAAACUUCGGGGCCAGCGUGUCGAGUUGGGAGAGAUCGAAUAUCGGAUCAAACAGAGCCUGGCUUCGAAGCCGGACGCGGUUGUGGAUAUCCUGACCCCCAAAGAUGCACCAGACCAGCCGCGCCUCGUUGCUUUCCUCCCAAUCACCAUGGAAGACGGAAUGGGUAGCAGCAACGCGCUUGAUCAACUGCUCCCCCCGCCCAGUGAGCAGCAUCUAGCGGCAGUCGCAGGGCUGGACGAUCUCCUUGCCGAGUUCCUUCCGAUGCACAUGAUUCCGAGCGCUUAUCUCCCGGUGCAGUAUAUUCCUAAGCUGCCCUCUGGGAAGGCAGACCGCAAGACCUUGAUCCGGUGCGGCAGUCAGUUGACACACCGUCAGAUGGCCGAGUAUUCUGGUGCUGUUGUGGAUGUGCGGCCUCCGACCACGGAGAUGCAGUGCACGCUCCAGCGACUCUGGGCUGACUGUUUGAAGCUUCCCACAGCCCAAAUCAGCCUGAAUGAUAACUUCCUUCGUCUGGGCGGCGACUCCAUAACAGCCAUGCGGCUUGCGUCUGCGGCUCGCGCACAAGGAAUUCCCCUAUCGACGGCCACCGUCUUCCAGCAUCCGACUCUUGAGGCCAUGAGUGCCAUUGCGGAGACUCUGGCGGAGCAGAAGUUACCCCAGUCCUUCGAAGCAUUCUCAAGCGUCAAGUCGAUCCCCAAGGAUCAGCUGCUUAACGAGAUUGUGCUGCCGCAGGCGAAGGUCCCUGCAUCCUCCGUCCAGGAUGUCGUCGAAUCGACUGAUUUCCAGACGCUUGCAAUCAAUGGAGGUCUGAACCAGACCAGAGGUUGGAGCAAUUACCUCGUGUUUGAUUUCGACGGACCGAUUGAUCUCCGCCGGUUACAGGUCGCAUGUGAGAAGCUCAUUGCUCACCACGCCAUCCUCCGGACUGUGUUUGUUACCACCGGAUCGCAAUUAUUGCAGGUUGUCCUCCAGUCCUACAAGCCAGAGUUCACUUUCCACAUUCAGGACGAACAGGAUCCGUCUGAGAGGCUUGUACGGGAGGACCUGGCUCGUCCACCGCACCUGGGAGAGCCGAUUGUGCGGUUUAUGCUGAUCAAGGACGGUGCGGUCCGCCACCGGCUAAUCAUGCGUGUUUCUCAUGCGCAAUACGAUGGUGCUUCGAUGCCGCUGUUGCUGCAGGAUCUUCGUUUGGCCUACCGGGGGGAGACGCUGCCCAAGCGUCCCAAUUUCUCCGACUUUGUGCGCAUGCAACUCCACGUAAACCAGGGAGCGGAAGAUUUCUAUACGAAGCUGUUGACUGGGUCUGCUAUGACACAGUUCGUCUCUCACAAGAAGAUGUCCACUACGAACGUCCUGAACACUAUGAUUGCCGACAUGGUUCCGUUGGUUGCCUUCAAGAACCAUGGUAUCACUGCGGCCACCGUUAUCAAGGCCGCAUGGGCCUUGGUGCUGGGAGAGAUGGCCGCUACCACGGACGUGGUGUACGGUCAUAUGGUUUCAGGUCGCAAUCUCCAACUGGACAACGUGGAGGCCAUCAUGGGCCCUUGUCUGAACAUCGUGCCGGUGCGGGCAAACAUGGGUAUCAUGAAAACCAUUCUGGACCUGCUGCAGACGAUUCAGCAGCAGCAGACCGACACCAUCCCGCAUGAGAGCUUGGGAUUCCGUCAGAUUAUCGACAAAUGUACUGACUGGCCCGCGGAGACCCGGUUCAGCUCCGUAUUCCAGUACCAGGAAUUCGGAGGGGAAGACGCCAGCCAACCUCUAUCCAUUGAGCGUACGCUGAAGUGUGCGCCCGGAUUCAUCUGCCCGGCCCCAGAUGCCUGUGACCUAUCCAUCCUCGCGACCCCUGUGGGUGAGCAGGUGCGGAUCGAGAUGAUCUUCUCUAAUCACUCGAUGUCUCGUUCGUUUGCCGAGGGCACGAUGCGCAAGCUGUGCUCCAAGGUCGAGUUGAUUUCGCGCGGCGUCGAGGCACAGCUGCCUACGGUGACUGAGGUGCGAGACAUUCGUCCGUCCAUUCCUCUCGCCGAGCCUUUAGUGAACGGCAACGUCAACUCGAUGGUGAAGAACGUUGUGAAUGGGAUCAAUUCGCGUGGCAUGAAUGGGGCCCACGAGACGAACGGGGUUGGAGAUGAACAAGAGCCCAUGGAGGAAGUCAACCUGUUGGCAUCAGUCCGGAUUAAUUAA